UGCUUGGAUAUAAAACACAUUUAUGUUGAGUGUCAUUUACAAAAAGAUAAAUUACCAACAAAAAGAGACCAGCGCUCAUUGUUUGCUUUUUCAUUUUCAAUGUUUAUUUAUUUAUUUAUGACGACACUUUGCGGCAUUUCAGACGCUUUACGUUAACCCGGUUGCCGUUACUAUGACAACUCACAGUACCGGUCCCUGAUAGGCUCGCCCACUGCCGGAAAGUGUACUCACAAGAAUCUCACGGUCCAUUUUUUUUUGUUACUACACCUCCGAUUUUUUGUGUUUGUUUAGGUUUUUUUAAUAUUAAUUUCUUCUUCAUGUGUAACUCUUCUCAAAAUGGCUGAGAAGUUCGACAAUCUCGAAGAGCAUCUCGAGAAAUUUAUCGAAAAUAUACGACAACUGGGAAUCAUCGUCAGCGAUUUUCAACCGAGCAGCCAGACAGGACUGAACCAGAAACUAAAUCUGAUGAUCACAGGACUACAAGAUAUCGAAAAAUGCCGGCAACAGCUUAAUGACAUCCACGUGCCUUUGGAAGCAUUUGAAUACAUCGAUCAGGGCCGCAAUCCUCAGCUUUACACGAAAGAGUGUUUAGAGCGAGCCUUGGCUAAAAAUGAACAGGUGAAAGGGAAGAUCGAUACUUUGACGAAGUUUAAAAGUCUCCUCAUCGUCGAGCUGGGGAAGGUUUUUCCUGAAGAAAUGGCCAAAUAUAAAGCGAUUCACGGAGACGACCCUCCUUCAUAGUCAUAGAAAGCGCUUUGUACAUAUGUCCAUAUUCACACAUUUUCUACAGUUCAGAGCAUCGAUCACGAUUGACAUUUCUACAGCUUUUUUCCAACGUUUAUAUUUGCAUUUGUAUUUCUCAGAGAUAUUACGGCAGUGUAUCGGAACUAUUUGUUGUUGUUUUUUUUGUGUGCGUAAUGGAUUGUAAUUUACUUUUGCCUUUGUGUUAUUAAAUAAAUAAAUAAUUAUUGUAA